CACUUCCUCAGAAGAAGGCAACUGGGUGCUCUGAAGAUCAUUUUGAAGAUUAUAUAAGAAACAUUGUAUAUCAAGCACAUAUUUAUUGAGUUCAUCUUGAGCAAAAGCCAGGAGAUCCCUAAUGUAACCACAUUAGUGUUUGUUUUGAGACAGAAAUAUAUAGACUCUUUUUAACAACUAUAAAGAAGAUAGCUUAAUCCAAAAAAAUCCAUUUUGGAAGAUGUCACUGAACACCUCUUCCAGCGUAUUUCUGGAUUCAGUGCCUAGUAAUACCAAUCGCUUUCAAGUGAAUAUCAUAAAUGAGAGUCAUGACAACAGUGCGGCUGUGAGUGACAAUACUGACCCUCCACAUUAUGAAGAGACCUCUUUUGGGGAUGAAGUCCAGAACAGAUUGAGAAUCAGCUUUAGGCCUGGGAAUCAGGAGUGCUAUGACAAUUUCCUCCAAAAUGGAGAAACUACAAGAACAGAUACCAGUUUUCAUGCCUAUGAUUCUCACACAAACACAUACUACCUACAAACCUUUGGCCACAACACCAUGGAUGCGGUUCCCAAAAUUGAGUACUAUCGAAAUACUGGCAGUGUCAGUGGGCCCAAGGUCAACCGACCCAGCUUGCUGGAGAUCCAUGAGCAACUUGCAAAGAAUGUGACAGUGGCUCCUGGUUCAGCUGACAGGGUUGCUAAUGGUGAUGGGAUGUCCAGUGAUGAACAAGCUGAAAACAAGGAAGAAGAAGACACAUCUGGUGUUGUGAAGUUUGGAUGGGUGAAAGGUGUGCUGGUUAGAUGCAUGCUGAACAUCUGGGGAGUCAUGCUGUUUAUUCGCCUCUCCUGGAUUGUUGGAGAAGCUGGGAUUGGUCUUGGAGUUCUCAUAAUUCUUCUUUCCACCAUGGUAACCUCUAUCACUGGGCUGUCAACUUCCGCAAUAGCAACUAACGGGUUUGUUCGUGGAGGUGGAGCCUACUAUCUUAUUUCCAGGAGUUUAGGGCCUGAGUUUGGUGGGUCAAUAGGCUUGAUCUUUGCUUUUGCCAACGCAGUAGCUGUUGCGAUGUACGUGGUGGGAUUUGCUGAGACUGUGGUAGAUCUUCUUAAGGAGAGUGACUCAAUGAUGGUGGAUCCAACCAAUGACAUCCGGAUAAUAGGCUCCAUCACGGUGGUGAUUCUUCUAGGAAUUUCAGUAGCUGGAAUGGAAUGGGAAGCAAAGGCUCAAGUGAUUCUCCUGAUAAUUCUCCUAAUUGCUAUUGCAAACUUCUUCAUUGGAACUGUCAUUCCAUCCAACAAUGAGAAGCAGUCCAGAGGCUUCUUUAAUUACCAAGCUUCAAUAUUUGCAGAAAAUUUUGGGCCAAGCUUCACAAAGGGUGAAGGCUUCUUCUCUGUAUUUGCCAUUUUUUUCCCAGCAGCUACUGGGAUUCUCGCUGGUGCCAACAUCUCCGGAGACUUGGAGGAUCCCCAAGAUGCCAUCCCCAGAGGAACCAUGCUGGCCAUUUUCAUCACCACUGUUGCCUAUUUAGGGGUUGCUAUUUGUGUAGCAUCCUGUGUGGUCCGAGAUGCUACCGGAAGCAUGAAUGACACCAUCACUUCUGGGAUAAACUGCAAUGGGUCUGCAGCCUGUGGAUUGGGCUAUGACUUCUCAAGAUGUCAACAUGAACCAUGUCAGUAUGGGCUGAUGAACAAUUUCCAGGUCAUGAGCAUGGUGUCAGGAUUUGGGCCUCUCAUCACUGCUGGGAUCUUUUCAGCGACACUUUCCUCUGCCCUGGCCUCCCUCGUCAGCGCACCCAAAGUGUUCCAGGCUUUGUGCAAGGACAACAUCUUCAAAGGCCUGCAGUUCUUUGCAAAGGGAUAUGGGAGAAACAAUGAGCCCCUGAGAGGAUAUUUUCUCACUUUUGUGAUAGCCAUGGCAUUUAUUCUUAUUGCGGAACUGAAUGUCAUUGCUCCUAUCAUCUCCAACUUUUUCUUGGCCUCGUAUGCACUUAUUAAUUUCUCCUGCUUCCAUGCUUCUUAUGCCAAAUCUCCAGGAUGGAGACCUGCAUAUGGAAUUUACAAUAUGUGGGUCUCUCUUUUUGGAGCUGUUUUGUGCUGUGCAGUCAUGUUUGUUAUCAACUGGUGGGCAGCUGUCAUCACCUACGUCAUUGAGUUAUUCCUUUAUAUCUAUGUGACUUAUAAGAAGCCAGAUGUGAACUGGGGCUCCUCCACACAAGCUCUUUCCUAUGUGAGUGCACUAGACAAUGCUCUGGAAUUAACCACAGUAGAAGACCAUGUGAAAAAUUUCAGGCCCCAGUGCAUUGUCUUAACAGGGGCACCCAUGACAAGACCUGCUCUCUUGGACAUAACUCAUGCUUUUACCAAGAACAGUGGCCUUUGCAUCUGCUGUGAAGUCUUUGUGGGACCACGCAAGCUGUGUGUUAAGGAGAUGAACACUGGCAUGGCUAAAAAACAGGCCUGGCUUAUAAAGAACAAAGUCAAGGCGUUUUAUGCUGCAGUCGCAGCAGACUGUUUCAGAGAUGGUGUCCGAAGUCUCCUUCAGGCCUCAGGCUUAGGAAGAAUGAAGCCAAACACUCUAGUGAUUGGGUAUAAAAAAACCUGGAGGAAAGCUCCCUUGACAGAGAUUGAGAACUACGUGGGAAUCAUACAUGACGCAUUUGACUUCGAGAUUGGUGUGGUCAUAGUCAGAAUCAGCCAAGGGUUUGAUAUCUCUCAGGUUCUUCAGGUACAAGAUGAGUUAGAGAAACUGGAACGGGAGAGACUGGCACUGGAGGCCACGAUCAAAGACAAUGACUGUGAAGGAGCCAGUGGAGGCAUCCGAGGCUUGUUUAAAAAAGCUGGCAAGUUGAACAUUUCUAAGCCAACCCCAAAAAAAGACAGCAGCAUUAACAGCAUCCAGUCGAUGCACGUGGGAGAGUUCAACCAGAAACUGGUGGAAGCCAGCGCUCAAUUUAAAAAGAAACAAGGAAAAGGCACAAUUGAUGUUUGGUGGUUGUUUGAUGAUGGAGGGUUAACCCUCCUUAUCCCCUACAUCUUGACUCUCAGAAAAAAAUGGAAAGACUGCAAAUUAAGAAUCUAUGUUGGAGGAAAGAUUAACCGUAUUGAAGAAGAAAAAAUUGCAAUGGCUUCUCUUCUGAGCAAAUUUAGAAUAAAAUUUGCAGACAUCCAUAUCAUUGGUGACAUCAACAUUAAGCCAAACAAAGAGAGCUGGAAAGUCUUUGAAGAGAUGACUGAACCAUAUCGUCUCCAUGAAAGCUGCAAAGAUUUACCCACUGCUGAGAAAUUAAAAAGAGAAAGUCCAUGGAAAAUUACAGACACAGAACUGGAAGCAGUCAAGGAAAAGAGUUACCGCCAAGUUCGACUGAAUGAACUCUUACAGGAGCAUUCAAGAGCUGCCAACCUCAUCGUCCUGAGCCUUCCAGUAGCAAGAAAAGGAUCUAUAUCAGAUUUGUUGUACAUGACUUGGUUGGAAAUCCUGACAAAGAACCUCCCUCCUGUCUUACUGGUUAGAGGAAAUCACAAAAAUGUUCUGACAUUUUACUCUUAAGACAUGAAAGAUAAGAAUACACUUUAACAUAUGAAUAAUUAAGAAAUAGGUUCCAGUACCUUGUGUUGUAAAAUCUGAUCUUUGGACAUACAAGCCUCUGGAGACUAGCCUACCAGAUUCUACAUAAAUUUUGUCUUUUAAAAAAUUAUUUAGUUAAUGAAGGCAUUUUUUUUUCCUGUCAGCUUAAAGGAGCAUCAAAGCCAAUGCUACUUACUCCUAGAGAAACAUUUUUGUUAUUGCUGUUGAUAAACAAGAAAUUAAUCAAAUUCAGGCUGACUUAUGCUCAUGAAAAACACCAAUUUGCUUCUCAGCAUAUUUUGUUUCUAAUGGUGAUGGCUGUUAGGUCAUGCUGUAGGCCUCAGCCCCACAGCAGGCCCUCAAUGAAUGCUUAUUGACAGUCUGGUGCAGUGACCAUGGGUGGUUAUCAAAGGAAAAGACCAACUGGGUAGGAGGCAUGAUUCCGCUUGGCCUCCCAAGAGGUUUAUGUGUACAAAGAAGAUCUAAAACUCAGUAACUGAAAACUUUAAGAAGGACUUGAGUCUACAGAAUGUUUAAAGCAGUUACCUAAACAAGUUUUAUUUAAUGUAACAGAUAAUGUACUUAGAGUGAUCUCAGUGACUGUUGAUAACAAACAGCUUGAAUUUGCUGCUGACUGAAAGUAUAUUAACUAGGUAAGAAGGCAACAUAUAUUCCAACUAAAUGAAAUAUUGUUCUGUUCUUAGCAUAGAAACAGUAAUUGUCCUCCCUGCUACACAUUUUAAAAUUUCCAUUAUGGUAUUACUUUGUAUGUUUUUUUCCUUCUAAGUACUUAGCAUAGAUGAAAUCAAAAUAGUUGCCUGAUUAAAAAUUAAAUACCAAAGAUUUUCAAACCACUGUUAAAAAUGUAUUCUGAAUCACGUAUUUAGUUACUUUCUAUAGUGAUUAUAGGACUUAAAAGAAUAAUUAAAAUGCAAAGAGGAGAAACUUGCAAAAUUUGGAGUCUUUCAUUUUUGUAAGUAUAUCUACAAUACAUAAUCAUAUUGGCAAACCAACAAAAAAUCAUUUUUCUGAUGAACAGCUUGUUUUUCCUGACAUAUUUUGACUGUUCUGAGAAAACAUGGGAAAAAUCAACCUGAAAUAAAAGCACUAAAAUUCA